CAUCUCGUGUGAAUUGUAUAUCCCACGACCGGAUGCGACUAUUCAAAGCUGAUCCGCGCCGCCAUGUUGUUGUGUCACGUGACCGCACGGGCAGGCAGGCCAGCAAGGAGCAGCAGUAAGGUGAAUGUGCGCCGGGUCAAGUCCGGUGCUGGGAGAGCCGAUUGCAAAAAUUCAGGCGUCUAAUUAACACAGGCGAGACGAGGCAGCCGGGAACGAUGGACGCGCGAAAGCUCACGGACCUGCUGCGGGCGACGAUCGACCCCGCGCAGCAAAAGGAGGCGGAGAGCCAGCUCAACCAGGUUCACAAAAUUAUUGGUUUUGCACCAACACUCUUGCAGGUAGUAAUGUCAAAUGAAGUUGAUAUGCCUGUCAGACAAGCAGGUGUAAUUUAUUUAAAAAAUUUAAUUACUUCGGAUUGGGCUGAUAAAGAAGUUGAUAGUGGGCCCAUAGAAUUUAGUAUUCAUGAGCAGGACCGUGCAAUGAUACGCGAUGCCAUAGUAGAUGCUGUGGUACAUGCCCCAGAAUUAAUUAGAGUACAAUUAGCGGUAUGCAUCAGUAAUAUAGUUAAACACGACUUUCCUGGAAGAUGGACACAAAUAGUGGAUAAAAUUACGAUAUACCUUCAAAAUCCGGAUGCUUUGUGUUGGCCUGGUGUUCUCCUCGCGUUGCAUCAACUUGUUAAAAAUUUUGAGUACAAGAAAGCAGAAGAGAGAGGACCAUUAAAUGAAGCAAUGAAUCUGUUACUUCCUAUGAUCUAUCAAUUAAUAUUACGCUUAUUGCCGGAUUCAUCCGAGCAAUCCGUUCUUCUUCAGAAACAGAUAUUGAAAAUUUUCUUUGCUCUAACACAGUAUACUCUUCCCCUUGACCUUAUCUCGAGAGAAGUGUUCUCACAGUGGAUGGAUGUAGUAAGACAAAUAGCUGAUAGACCAGUACCUCCAGAAACUAAUAAUCCAGACCUUGAUGAUGACGAACGUGCGGAACUGCCUUGGUGGAAAUGUAAAAAAUGGGCGUUGCAUAUUUUACACAGAAUGUUUGAAAGAUAUGGUAGCCCAGGAAACGUGACCAAAGAAUAUAAAGAAUUCGCCGAAUGGUAUUUGCAAACCUUCAGUGCUGGUAUUCUCGAAGUUCUUCUAAAAAUCUUGGAUCAAUAUCGUAGAAAAAUUUAUAUCUCUCCUAGAGUAAUACAGCAAUCAAUCAAUUACAUUAAUCAGGGCGUGAGCCAUGCAUUUUCUUGGAAAUUUUUGAAACCUCACAUGUUUGAAAUUAUACGUGAUGUUUUAUUCCCUAUUCUCUCAUAUUCUGCCGCUGACGAGGAACUGUGGAAUACUGAUCCUUAUGAAUAUAUUAGAGUAAAAUUUGAUAUAUUUGAAGAUUUUGUAUCGCCAAUAACGGCAGCACAAACCUUGCUGCAUUCGGCAUGCAGGAAACGAAAAGAUAUGUUACAGAAAACAAUGCAGUUUUGUCUCGAAGUUUUAACUAGUCCAAAUGCAGACCCAAGACAAAAGGAUGGUGCAUUACAUAUGAUUGGAAGCUUAGCUGAUGUCUUGUUGAAAAAGAAGAUGUAUAAAGAACAAAUGGACAAGAUGUUAUUGCAAUACGUAUUCCCAGAAUUCAAUAGUCCUCAUGGUCAUAUGCGAGCAAGAGCCUGUUGGGUGAUGCAUUACUUCUCAGAAAUCAAAUUUAAAUCGGAACAAAUUUUAGUUGAGGCAGUCAGAUUAAUUACACAUGCUCUUCUAUCAGAUCAAGAUUUGCCUGUUAAAGUCGAAGCGGCCAUAGCACUACAAAUGAUGCUUUCAGCACAGCCAAAGUCUCAGAAAUAUAUCGAACCGUUAAUUAAACAAGUAACACUUGAAUUGCUGACUAUUAUAAGACAAACUGAAAAUGACGAUUUAACGAGUGUUAUGCAGAAAAUUGUUUGUACAUAUACUGAACAAUUGAUUCCAAUUGCUGUAGAAGUUUGUCAACAUUUGACUACUACGUUUAGCCAAGUGCUCGAAACAGAUGAAGGUAGUGAUGAGAAAGCAAUAACAGCAAUGGGCCUCUUAAACACAAUAGAAACAUUACUAACAGUAAUGGAAGGACAUCCUCAAAUCAUGACGCAACUCGAACCGAUUGUCCUUCAAGUAGUAGCUCAUAUCUUUGCACAAAGCGUAAUGGAAUUUUACGAAGAAGCAUUGUCGUUAGUUUAUGACCUAACGGGUAAAUGUAUAUCAGAAGACAUGUGGAAAGUUUUAGAACUUAUGUAUCAACUCUUCCAAAAAGAUGGUUUUGAUUAUUUUACUGAUAUGAUGCCUGCACUGCAUAACUAUAUCACAGUCGAUACUCCGGCGUUUUUGUCGAAUGAAAAUCACAUUGUUGCCAUGUUCAACAUGUGUAAAGCUGUUCUGACUGGUGAAGGUGGUGAAGAUCCAGAAUGUCAUGCUGCCAAGUUACUAGAAGUUAUAAUUCUACAAUGUAAAGGCCAUAUAGAUCAGUGUAUACCGUCGCUCGUGCAAUUAGUCUUGGAACGUCUAAUGCGCGAAGUUAAAACUUCGGAAUUGCGAACAAUGUGUCUUCAAGUGGUCAUUGCCGCUUUAUAUUACAAUCCUGCAUUGUGUUUGGAAACAAUGGACAGAUUGCAAGGAAACUUCGACCAAUCGACGGAACCGCUUGCUUCGCGUUUUAUUAAGCAAUGGAUUAAUGACACUGAUUGCUUUUUAGGCUUGCACGAUCGUAAAUUGUGCGUUCUUGGACUGUGUACAUUAAUCAGCAUGGGUCCUGCUAGACCAGCCGCUGUUAAUGAAUGUGCAACACAAAUUAUUCCAUCUUUAAUCCUGCUGUUCGAAGGUUUGAAGAGAGCAUAUGCUGCUAAAGUUACGGAUGAAGAAGAUGAUGACAAUGAUGAAGAAGAAAGUGACAUUGAUGAAGAGGUUUUAUCAUCGGAUGAAGAUGAUAUAGAUGAAACUAAUGAAGAAUACCUCAACAAAUUGCAAGACAAAGUAACACGAGCGUCUGGACAACAUGGCUUUAAUGUUAAUGCGACUACACAGGAUGGUCACGGUGAUCAGAGAUCGGAUGAUGAUGAAGAUAUUGAACGAACCGACGUGGCCUGGUACAGGGCUUUGACGAGUCUUCUAAGUCCUGAGCAAGAGAAAGCUUUACAAGAAAUUAUUGUUUUGGCAGAUCAACGCAAAGCAGCUUUAGAAAGUAAAAGGAUCGAGCAGAGCGGAGGAUAUGUUUUUCACUCACAGACUGUGCCCACCUCAUUCAACUUUGGUGGAACACCUUUAAGUCGAUAAGGACUUGUAAUCAUUUCGAUUUUAGAUUAACUAAGUAAGUAAACAAAUUAUACAGAAUUUGGAUCGGACAUUUGUAGCACAUGAUCAUUAGUACAUGACCAUUUUGAAAAUAUUACGCAUUUCCUAUUUACUAUUUUUGUGUAAACUAAUUGUACAUUACUAAGGCAAUCUAACAAAGUCUUACUUUAAUACGAUGACACUAAAAUUUUAUCUCCAUGAGAUCAGACUUGUGCAUAUUGUUUCAUUAGUCGAGACAGCAGAUUUGUUUCUUAGUUAAAAAUCUAUAUUCUCUUUUACAUAUUUUCCACAUAUAACAAUUCAAUUUUUGAUUCAAGUAAAAUGUCGUCUAACAAGCUAUAAUAUAUUUUCUUGACAAUAUUUUAUAUGAAAUAUGGAACUUUCAAAAUGCUUUUGAUUAAGAAAAUUCCCAGCAUAGCUUGUUAGAUACUCUUAUAUAUUAUAUUGUAUUUAAUAAUAGUCUUGAUUAUCAACCUUAGCCUGAAAUUAUUUCAGCAAAAUCACUUAGUUUAAUUAUUAAACUAAAUAAAUGUUAAUAUGAAAAUUAUGUUAAAAAUUGUUGGUAUAAAUAUAUCAAAAUCUUUUGAGUAUGUGUAUAAAUUAUGUUAUUUGAUAUUGUUAACAAUUAGUUUCAUAAAACAUCAUGUACGCUCUGCAAAUCUAUUUACGAAUCGCUACUCUGCUGCAAAAAGAAAAGUGUAACUUGUCAAGGAUACUAGACGUAACUUGCAAAAUUGUGUUGCCUAUCAGCAAAUAUUUAGAUAAGAGUAAUUUAGAUUUUUAAAUAAACACUGUUUUUUCAAGUUUUCUUUGUUUAAAUGUAUAUAUGGCCAAACAUUUUUCUGCAGUUACCGAUCACUUUACGUAAAUCCCAGCACAGCUUACUUUAUUUUGGAAAAGAUAAAUUCUGCCCCAUAUUUCAUGCUGUCCAAACUAUACUCUGAAAGAUGGAGCUACACGGAUGAUUUAACAAAGCACUUUAAAUAGCUUUUGCAAUAAUAAUAAAGUCUUUAUAAUAUUAAAUAUCGCGGACUAGUAUCCGUAUUAUCUAUCCUAUGUUAAAAAGGCGUUAAUAAAAAGUAUGACAAAUUUAAGCUCUUUCUUUCACGAAAUAUUGUAAUUAUACAAGACGAACUCGGAGCAGAAAUAAACUAUAAAUAUCAGAGCCCAAAAUGAUAAAGGCGUACAAAGAAGAGGUGUUCUGUGCUGUGGUUAGUGAAAUGAUUACUGCACAAGAGAAUGCUUUUUAUAUCAGAAUGCAAAAGGACACAUGUGUCAAUUAUGUGUCGCUUCAGAGUAUAAAUUGUGAUUUGUAUUCAUGUCCAAAAUUUUGUACUAAAAUACUGUCGAAUAGCGAAACUAGGUUGUCAUUUUGUUGAUAAUGUGUUGUUUUAUAAUUAUAUACUCGACUUUUAUUCCAUGUAUCGAGUACAAGAAUAUUUUUUACAUAAAACUGCAAGAAAUUUGCUGGGCAAUAAUUUUAAUCACGUUUAAUCCAAAUUCAGUUUUCCUAAUCUAACGAUUCUAUAUACAGGGUGCAUGCAAAGGUACAGUGGAUAAUAUAGAAGAGAAAUGAUGUAUGAUAGACUUUGUUGACUAUUAAUUUGUUAAAAACAUAAUACGAAAUUACUAGGAACUCAAAACUAAUUCCAAUUUAAUAACGAUUCUAUAUAAUAUAUAUGAUAAUUUCAUAUAGAAUAUUCCAAAAUUGUUAUUAGAAUUGACAAAAAAAUAUAAGUUUCAAUUUAUUUUUUAAUAUCUAGAGCAAAUUAAGAAAUCCCUACACAUCUCUUAUUUAUUCAUAACAAACAUUAGUUUUAAUAUCUAAAUAAAUGAUAUCAAUAAUGUAAGAGAAAGAUAGAAAUAUGUGUAUUCUUGCUCAAUAUUUUUAAAAUAUUUGCAUAUAAUGCGCAUGUGUCUCAAAUUUUAGAAAGCCAAAAGUAUUUAUUUAACAAGAUGACUUUAAAUUAUUUCAAAUAGAAGAAUCUUUGCUGGAUCAAUACGUUGCACAAUACUUCGGUGACAAAAUUGUAUAUAAAUCUCUGUAUGGUAUUUUAAGAAAUUAUUUUUUCUAAUAUAAUUCAUAUUUAAAUAAAUAUUAAUUUAAUCGCGUACUUUUUAAAUUCGCCAAUUUUUUUAUUUUGCAGUGCCCUGCUUUUAGAUUGGCUCGUUUAGAAUUAUUACUAUUGAUUUCUUGCAGUGUUUAUCAGAAAUAUUGCAAAUUAUAUAUAAAAGUGAUUUUCAGAAUUAUUGUUUAAAAUCUGUUAUAAACAGAUGAUGCAAUCAAAUAAAGAUGUUAUCGCUCUUUACGCUGUGAUCCGAACUUGACUCAUUAUUUGAUACGGUUAAAAUCUUGGUGCAUAUGUAAUGAAAAAAGAAGUUGAUUGAUUGUAUCAGCUUUCAAACACGAAUAUUAAAAAAAAAGUGCCUUGAGACGUUAAUGCGCAGACGGGACCUAAAUUAAAGAAUACAGCAAAAUAAGCUGUAGGUCGGAGUGAGGCCAGGACACUUCUCUAGUUCAUAAGUUCUAUAAGUACUGUAUUAAAGAAUAAUAAAUUAAUAAUUGAUAGAG